GAAAAUGGCUGCGAGUACCUCCGUGGUCGCCGUGGCAGGGCCGGCGGCCGUGAUGCCGGGUUUAUCCACGAACGCAGAUUUCUCAGAUUUGCGGGAAAUUAAAAAGCAGCUGUUGCUUAUUGCGGGUCUAACUCGGGAGCGGGGCCUGCUACACAGUAGCAAAUGGUCGGCGGAGUUGGCCUUCUCGCUCCCCGCGCUGCCGUUAGCGGAGCUGCAGCCGCCGCCGCCCCUCACCGAGGAGGAUGCCCAGGAUAUGGAUGCUUACACCCUGGCCAAGGCCUACUUUGAUGUUAAAGAAUAUGAUCGGGCAGCACAUUUCUUACAUGGCUGCAAUAGCAAGAAAGCCUAUUUCUUGUUCAUGUAUUCCAGAUAUCUGUCUGGAGAGAAAAAGAAGGAUGAUGAAACAGUUGAUAGCCUAGGUCCUCUGGAGAAAGGACAAGUGAAAAAUGAGGCUCUUAGAGAAUUGAGAGUGGAGCUCAGCAAAAAACAUCAAGCUCGGGAACUUGAUGGAUUUGGUCUUUAUCUGUAUGGUGUUGUGCUUCGAAAACUAGACUUGGUGAAAGAAGCUAUCGAUGUGUUUGUGGAGGCUACUCAUGUUUUGCCUUUGCAUUGGGGAGCCUGGUUAGAACUCUGUAACUUGAUCACAGACAAAGAGAUGCUGAAGUUCCUGUCUUUGCCAGACACUUGGAUGAAAGAAUUUUUUCUGGCUCACAUAUAUACAGAAUUGCAGUUGAUAGAGGAGGCCCUUCAAAAAUAUCAGAAUCUCAUUGAUGUGGGCUUUUCUAAGAGCUCAUAUAUUGUUUCCCAAAUUGCCGUUGCCUAUCACAAUAUCAGAGAUAUUGACAAAGCCCUCUCCAUUUUUAAUGAGCUAAGGAAACAAGACCCUUAUAGGAUUGAAAAUAUGGACACAUUCUCCAACCUUCUUUAUGUCAGGAGCAUGAAAUCUGAAUUAAGUUAUUUGGCUCAUAACCUUUGUGAAAUUGAUAAAUAUCGUGUAGAAACCUGCUGUGUAAUUGGCAACUAUUAUAGUUUACGUUCUCAGCAUGAGAAAGCAGCCUUGUAUUUCCAGAGAGCCCUCAAGUUGAAUCCUCGGUAUCUUGGGGCAUGGACCCUAAUGGGACAUGAGUACAUGGAAAUGAAAAACACAUCUGCUGCUAUCCAGGCUUAUCGACAUGCCAUUGAAGUCAACAAGAGGGACUACAGAGCUUGGUAUGGCCUUGGGCAGACUUAUGAAAUCCUUAAGAUGCCAUUUUACUGCCUUUAUUAUUACAGACGGGCCCACCAGCUUCGGCCUAAUGAUUCUCGUAUGCUGGUUGCCUUAGGAGAAUGUUAUGAGAAACUCAAUCAACUAGUGGAAGCCAAAAAGUGUUACUGGAGAGCUUAUGCUGUGGGUGAUGUGGAGAAAAUGGCUCUUGUGAAACUGGCAAAGCUUCAUGAACAGUUGACUGAGUCGGAACAGGCUGCCCAGUGUUACAUCAAAUAUAUCCAAGAUAUCUAUUCCUGUGGGGAAAUAGUGGAACACUUGGAGGAAAGCACUGCUUUCCGCUAUCUGGCCCAGUACUAUUUUAAGUGCAAGCUAUGGGAUGAAGCUUCAACUUGUGCCCAGAAAUGUUGUGCAUUCAAUGAUACCCGAGAAGAAGGUAAGGCCUUGCUCCGACAAAUCCUACAGCUUCGGAACCAAGGGGAGACUCCCACAACUGAGAUGCCUGCUCCCUUCUUCCUCCCAGCUUCACUGUCUGCUAACAAUACGCCCACCCGCAGAGUUUCUCCACUCAACUUGUCUUCAGUCACACCAUAAUUACCUAAGUCAGCACAUUUUGCUUAAGCUUUAAGUAAGGAAUGGCCAUGUCUAUUUUCCCAAGGACCUUAGCUGUUUUCAUUUCUACAGAUGAAAAUAGCUUUAGGGAGUUUAUAUACCUUCAGGGGCAGAACAGAUACUUGUCUUUUGUUAGUUAGAAGCACUUCACUCUUCCCUAUUCAGAGUUGCUAUAGUUCUUGGCUUUUUUCCAGGGCCUCCCCUCCACUCACGAAAACAUCCCUUGUAUAGCACUUUAGCACAGGCCAUCCUACAAGAACAAGUUUCAAUGCUGCUGGGAAUGGGGUAGACAUGAGAUGAAUCUAUCACUCCACCUUCUUGGGCAGGGAGUAGGUCAAGCAGAGGCAGAGUUCUGCAUUAGACAAAAAUGAGUUUUUAAUUUUGGAGGAUUCUUUUUUGGGCUGGCUCUUGGGCUUAAACUCAGGGCCCAGAGUCUCAAGCUCUUGCUUAGCUUUUUUACUCAAAGCUGGCACUCUACCACUUGAGCCACAACUGACUGCUGGUUAAUUGGAAAGAAAAGUCUAUUAGAUUUGGCUGCCAUGGCUAGUUACUGGCUUCAUAUUAAAGAUUUUAGCCUGAGUAGCCAAGAUUACAGGUAUGACCAAACCUGGCCUUUGUUUUGUUUUUGCUAUUUGAGACAAGGUCUCACUAAAUUGCCCAGGCUGGCCUCAACUUGGUCCUCCAGUCUAAGCCUCCCUAGUGUUGGGAUUACAGGCAUUGGCCAGUGUCAAGAUAAUACCUUGUGAAUUGGUUGAGCAUAAUCUCUAUUUUGAUGCUGAUUACAUUUACAUAGUAGAUCUGUACAUGUGUUCUUACUCUACAAAAUGUUCUUUGAAACACCUUUGAAAAGUUUUCUAGAAGCUUUCAAAUUGGGAAUAAUUUAGGAUUGAAUAGAACACUGAACUAUUGAUGGAUUUUUCCUAGG